CUGAGGACUGAGGACUGAGGACCCGACGAACAUCUACAGUGCAGGAUGGACAGGAAACAGUGUUGCGUGAACCUGUCGGUCCGGCCGUGCAGAGGACUCGUGGAUGAGAAGUUCACUGUUUUGGUCCAGAACGUCUUCCCUGGUUUCCAGCUGACCGUGCACGCCCUCCACCAGUGUGAAGAUGGACACAGCUGGGAGGCCUUCGCCCACUACACUGCCAACGCCAGCGGGACCGUGAACGUUGUAGAGGAUCCCAGUCUGGGUGGAACAUAUUCUGGGGUUGAACAGAUGGGUCUCCUGUGGAGCCUCAGACCAGUUCCAGGCAGCAAACCUUCGCUCAGCCUGAGGAGGAUAAACCUCCAGACCCCCAUGGAGGUCACAAUCUCAGUGUACCAGGGUCACCAGACUGAGGGCUUCCUGGAUCAGGUGGCGCUGGCCGUUGUGGUGGCGGAGCGCUGGUACAUGGCGCCCGGCGUCCGUAGGAUCCCGAUUACAGAGGGCGGACUCACUGCGACCCUCUUCCUGCCCUCAGGACCGGGACCUUUCCCCGGCCUCCUGGACCUUUGGGGGGGUGGAGGGAAGUUGGUGGAGCACCGUGCAGCGCUGCUGGCCUCCCACGGCAUCGCCUCCCUGGCCCUCGACUACCUGACACCUGAAAUCACCAGAGACACCGGGAAGACUGUGGGCCAAGAGUACUUUGAGACGGCCUAUCAAGUCCUGGAGCAGCAUCCUCAGAUCGUCGACAGCAGGAUCGCCAUUUUGGGUCUUUCCAUCGGCACCAGCGUCACCUUCAAACUGGCGGUUUACUCCCAAGUUAUAAAGGCCAGGUGUGUGGUGUGUGUAAGCGGGAUGCAUAUGCAGCCGGUGGAGGGUUUUUUGCCAGAGCUCUUGGUUUACUAUAACAAAAGAUCUGAAAGAAUCCGCCACACUGAGGAGAACGAGGAGAUCUUGCGUGAUAUGAUGCUGCCCAUCACCACCGACCCUGCGUUCAAAGUGGACGUGGGACGACUGCAGUGUCCUCUGCUGGUGAUUGUAGGUGAAGACGAUCAGAACAUGCCCACACAGGAGGCUGCAGUGGACAUCAAGGAGAUGAUGGAGCGGGCGGGGAACAGCCACCUGCUCACCGUCCUGUCGUACCCGAACGCCGGUCACCUGAUCGAGCCUCCGUUCACGCCGCACACCCGAACCAGCCUGUUCAGAUCGGUUACCACAAAUCUCAUCGUAACAUGUCUGUGGGGCGGAGAGAUGGCGGCACAUUCUCGCGCUCAGGAAGACGCCUGGAGGAAGACGCUGGCCUUCCUGAGGAAGAACCUGCACAGCAGCAGAAGCCCUGCUGCCAACUUAUCCUGUAACCUGUAACACCAAGUCUGUCGUACUGCCAGAACAUUUCCAUACGGCAUGAUGAUCAUUAGUUCUAAUGCUGCUGCUGAUGGUUUAACCUUUAUGACCUGUUAGUUACAGAUUCUGGUGGUUCUGCACGUUUUAAUCUGUUAUAAUCACAUAAUAAUGUCAAAUGUAUGCAUCCCUGCUGUUCAGUUUUCAGUGCUGUUUCACUGACCCUCAGCGUCUGAGAGCGAUGCACCCUUUAGUGUGUGCAUGAGACCACCGGGCUUUCAACUAACUCCAAUGUAACCCCAUCCACAUCCGGACGCUCAGAGCAACUGCCACAGUAUUAAGGGCGAGAAAGUCCGCCAUGUCAUCCCCUUCACUCUCCAUGAUAUUUGAACCUAACUAAGUAGUUUUGCCGCCUGAACCUAAACUGCAAUGGUUCUGGGUUGAAAAGAGACUCGAGGACACGUCUGUCCCGGGACAUGUCUCUCUCAAAAAACAGGUUUUCAUACACAGGUUGGCCAAAAAGAGCAAACAAGUCCUGACCUUGAGUAGUAAAAACAACUAGAACACUUCCACGGGUCCAUUACUGGAGAGCAAUGAGCACAAAGACAAUCUGGAUCAGGGGAAUCAAGGGGUUUGUAUAAACGGGGUGGACUAGUGGCAACAUCAGGGGCAGGUGAGCUGGAGGGCAUGAAACUAACUUUCCGUUCAUGAUUGAACUCAUCUUUGCAGGUCAACAAUCCUGAUACCCAAGAAUUAUUUACCAGAGAUGUAUUGUAGUAGAUAUCGAUUAAUAUGUGACAAAAAAACAACCUUUACUUCUUCACCCUGUGAAAGGAAGCAGCAGUGACAUCUGAUUGAUCUGUCCAUCUUCCAUGUGUCUUUAUUAAUGAACAGAUCCUGUGGAAUAUACCAAGUAUUAAGAAUGUAAUGAACAAAGCCAGUCACAAUAAGUAUAUCAGUGAAAAUGG